AUGCCUGCUGUAAGCAAAGUUCCGACUCGAGCUUUUGGCAAACUUGGGCCAGAACUCCCACGACUUGGAUUAGGUUUGAUGAACACAAGUGGAACAUAUAACCUCCCACCUCCAGAUUCCGAGCGUCUGGCAUUACUAGACCACGCUUACAAUAAGGGACAAGUAUUUUGGGAUACUGCCGACGAGUAUGGCGAUUCAGAGGACUUGCUGGGUAAAUGGUUCGCUGCCAACCCUGAAAAACGAAAGGAUAUUUUUCUGGCGACAAAGUUCGGUAUUAGAAUCAUCGAUGGCAAGUUACAGCCAAGCUCUUCGCCAGAGUACUGCCGUCAAGCAAUCGAAAAAUCCCUGAAGCGUCUUGGGUUACCUUACAUCGAUCUCUAUUAUAUCCAUCGUCUGGACAAAGUCACCCCUAUCGAAAAGACGAUUGAGGCCUUAGUCCAGCUCAAAAACGAGGGCAAGAUCAAACACCUGGGUAUCAGUGAAUGCAGUGCCGAAUCACUGCGUCGAGCUCAUGCCGUCCAUCCGAUUACGGCCAUCCAGGUUGAAUACAGUCUCUUUUGUCGUGAGAUCGAGUCAUCAAAGACAAAACUGCUCGAGACAGCACGCGAGCUUGGUGUGGCCGUUGUAUGCUACAGUCCUCUCGGAAACGGAUUCUUGACGGGCAGAUUUCGCACCGUCGAAGAUGUCAGUGGACCGGGUGACCGCCGUCACAUUCUGCCUUGGUAUGCGCCAGACUAUCUGGCAAACAACUUGGCAGUCGUCGACAAGAUCGCCGAGAUUGCCAAGACCAAGGGAAUAACCUCAGCUCAACUUGCUCUCGCCUGGUUGCUGGCGCAGGGCAAUGAUAUUUUCCCAAUUCCAGGAACGAGCAAUUUCAAAAGACUUGACGAGAAUUUGGCAAGCGCUUCCGUGACGAUCACGGAAGAGGAAGAGAAAGCUCUCCGGGAAUUAGCAGGCGAAAUAGUUGCAGAGCGUUUCCAGAGUAAGACUGGAUUUGCAUACGGCGAUACGCCACCACUGGAGUAG